UUUCUGCUGAUGAACAAUUAGCCACGACUGACUCUAGUCGCUGCGAGAAGAUGCGCCUUUUCCUUAUUUUGAUGCUACUGUCCCUGUCGCUGCUGGCUGCAGUAGAUGCUUACACUAGUCCGCCAUUCAUCGUAAGGCAUUGGUCCAGUAGGUUGUGCUAUGACUAUGUAGAUUGGUGGAGCGGGGGUCAUCACUACGAGAAAUUCCGAAUAGACAAGUGCAGCAAUGCCGACGAACUGGUAUGGCAGCAAGUCGAUGGGCACUUCGGCUAUCUGAAAGUGGUUGGAACGAACGGGCAUUGUCUGGGUCCCUGGGGACGUUCGGCUCAGCCGGAUGAUGACACUGCAAUUUUCCCGCAUUUUACUUGCUAUUCUUCAGCUCUGUUCACAAUCGAUGACGAGAACGGCUACAUCAAACAUGCUGGUGGAAGUUAUGUCCAUCCGUAUCCCUUCAACCACGAUAAACCAAGAUGGCAGUCGGACCUGAUUAUACACAAAGAUAAAAAUAUAAACAAUAGGUUCGACUUUGUGCAGAAAAAUAACCAUAAUGCAAAGGUUAAGAUCAUGCCAACCCCCAACGUUUCCGGAUUCUGGGAGAAAAUCACUUGUUGGUUGAACGUACACAAGGGUGAGCUCAUGUAUUCGGUGAAAGUUGGCACCAGCACAUCUUCCUCCUCGACCACGACGCAUGCGUGGGAGGUAUCAUUUUCAGCUGCCUACAAAAUCAUUUCAGCCAGCGCCAAGUACAGCGGUUCGUUCUCAUCCACUUAUCAGCAACAAUGGCACACAGAAACUACCAUAGAGAGAAGAAUCAGAAUUGAAGAGGAAGGGGGCACCGUGUGCAUCUGGCAAUGGGUCUACACUUUUGAUCAGUUCCAGGAUAAGUUCACAUUCAAAGCUCUCACUCUUCUCGAGACCCGCAGCGAAGCACGUCCAACUCGAAUCCCCGUGGGUAAAAAGUAGAAAAU